CAGAGCAUAAUAGUAGCUUCGCUUCGCUUCACUUCACUCCACUUCUCUCGCUCUCGCGCGCGCCGCAUUGCCGCCUUCCACCCACAGCACAGCACGGCCGCCCAGCAGCAAGGAUGCCAUCCGCAAUGGUCGACGCCACCCUCGCCGCGCCUCCGCUCGACCUCACCGCUCGCCGCCGCGCCCGCCCCGCCGCGCUCUCCAACGCCAAUGCUUGCGCCGGCACCGUCGCCGCGGCGCCCAACAAGCUCAAGUCCAAGACCGUCGCCUCCCGCUACCUGACGCCCUCCCCCAAACCCACCUCCAUCUCCUCCUCCGCGUCGGCCCCUGCCCCGAGGCCGGCCUCCACCGAGCGGCCGCGUCCGGCCCAGCCCAACGCCGUCGCCACUACCGACGCCGCGGCUUCCUGCGGGAGAGCCACCACGACGACGCGGACGCUCGCGGUCGCCUUCCAGAGCCCGGCCUACUCCUUGGACACCAGCAGGGGGCGGUCCGCGUCGCCCGCGGUGGUGCCAGCGGCCGCGCCGGAGAAGAGGAGGUCCGGCGCCGCGGGCGCGGCCGCGCGGGCCAAGGUGUCCGACGCGAGCCAGAACGCGUACCGGUGGCCGGCGUCGGCGACCCCGCCGCCGUGCGGGCACGACGCCCGCGCGCCCGCCAAGAGCCCCGGGUACUACUCUGCCUCGGGCAGGAAGGGGAGCACCGCCGGCAUCUUCGGGGCCGUGCGGGCGGCGGCGUUCCACGGGGAGCCGCGGCGCGCGUCGGUGGACGGCGCCAACGAGUACCUGCUGGCGCUCUCCUCCGACGACACUGACAGCGCGUCGUCCGGCGACGGCGUCGCGCCCAGGCGCAGCGUCGGCUCCGGGCCGCGGCCGUCGCCCAGGACCGCCAUGAGCUCCUCCGCGCGGUUCUCGCGAGACGCCAUGGGGAUCCACUCCGAACGCUUCGCCUCUGGAGCGUCCCCAGCGCCGGCUCCGGUGAAGAAGCGGUCGCUGUUCAACGGCUUGCUGUCUUCGCCGUUCGGCAGGUCGUCUCUGAAGCAGCAGCCGCCGAGCAAGCCGGUGGCGAGCUCGUUCAGGAGGACGGCGAGCCCAUCCCCGGGCCGGCGCUCCACCGACGGGCCUGGCUCUGCCGGGAACAUGCAGUGCAAGGCUUCUUCUACCGGCUGCGGCUUCGACGGUGCUGACACGAUGAAGUUGAAGCCCCCUGCGGCGGUCAAGGCCGAGGAGGAGCACCAGCUGAGGCUACGCUACACCCAGCAUUUGCAGUGGCGGCUCGUGAAUGCGCACGCCGGCGUCGCGCUUUCUUUGCAGACCGCGGCUGCAGAGAAAACCUUGAGUGGUGCAUGGAUUACCAUCCUGAGGAUGCGCAAGUCAGUCGCCAUAAGAAAGAUGCAGCUACAGUUGCUUCGAAACAACUGCAAACUCAUGUCAGUUCUGAGAGGACAGAUGAAAUACCUGGAAGAAUGGUCCUUUUUGGAGAGGGAUUAUGCUCAUUCUAUAUCAGGAACAACACAGGCCCUGAAUGCUACCGUCCUGCGGCUUCCUGUCUCCAAUGGAGCAAUGGCAGAUAUUCAAGGAAUAAAAAAGGCUCUUAGUUCUGCAGUUGAUGUCAUGGAUACCAUAGGGAACUCAACAAGCACUCGACUGCCUAAGUUAGCCCGGACCAAUGUUUUGGCGUCCCAGCUCUCCAAAGUUUUCAUUCAAGAACACAUCCUUAUAGCGCAGUGCAGGGACUUGCUGUCCACACUAGCAUCAAUGCACGUAAGCGGUGAAGUACAGCAGCCUACAAGGGCAAAGGAUACAAAUGAACCAAAGAAGGCGUCAGUAUUUUCAGUAGUCUUCAGGCUUCAUUUCCAGUCUCCAGCUGCAGAUUGCAGAUGUGGUUGGUAAAACUGAAACUUUGCUAAGUGCAGUAGUAACAGUUUGGAACAAUGUAUUACUGUUGUAACCCAACUGGUGAGAACCUAUAUAUAUAAUGCAUAAGUCUAAAACAAAAGCUGAAUGGAUGCUGGCACAUUGCACUCUUAUUA